AUGGACCACCACAGUCAGCUUCUGAGAAGCUUACUGGCCCAGUUGGCUUCCAAACAGUUUAUGGCGGAUGAUGAAAAUGGGACCAUUGCUGCUGAGUUCUUGAAACUGAAGAGGCAGUCCACCAAGUACCGCACAGAGAAGACCUAUGCCACCAAAGCUGCCGAUAAGCAGGAAAACGUGAAGAAGAACAGAUAUAAGGACAUCGUUCCAUUUGACCACAGCAGAGUAAAGCUCUCCCUUAACACCUCCAAAAAUGACACAGACUACAUUAAUGCUAAUUUCAUUCAGGGGGCAUUGGGGCCAAAAGCAUACAUUGCUACUCAAGGCCCUUUGCCUCACACCGUCCUGGACUUUUGGAGGAUGCUUUGGGAAUACAAUGUGGAGGUGAUUAUAAUGGCUUGCAGAGAGUUUGAAAUGGGAAAGAAAAAGUGCGAGCGCUACUGGCCUGAGACUAUGGUGGAUUCGUUUGUCUGUGAACCAUUUACUAUACUUUGUGAAUUGGAGGAAAAUAAGGGAGACUAUUUGAUAAGGACCCUGAAAGUAACUUUCAAUAAAUCGUCUCGCACCUUGAAGCAGCUUCACUAUAUGAACUGGCCCGAUCACGGUGUUCCAGACUCUAUUCCUCCUAUUCUGGAGAUGCUGCAAGAUAUGCGUCUGUACCAGGACCAUGAGGAUGUCCCCAUCUGCAUCCACUGCAGUGCUGGCUGUGGAAGGACUGGGGCCCUCUGUGCCAUAGAUUAUACUUGGAAUCUACUGAAAAAACAGAUGAUAACAGACAACUUCAGCAUCUUUGACCUGGUCAAAAACAUGAGAACACAGAGGCCUUCUAUAGUUCAAACUAAGGAACAGUAUGAACUGGUGUACAAAACAAUUCACUUUCUGUUUGAGAGACAUCUGCAAGUCACGGAGUCAUACUCACUGCACAAGGAGGUUCAUGUUGCUCCCCCAGCCCUUCCUGCACCCACUGACAAUACGUUGUCAGAUCUCAGCAGUUUUAAGCCAGAGCUGGAGCCCGCCUUAGACUCAAGACUGUAUUCAGACUAUGACUUCAGGCAUCCUGAAAUGGACAUUACUACAGAGCAUCACAACAAUUUUGCACCAGAAUUCUCCCAGCCCCUACAUUAUUUGUCGUCACAUAGCCAACCAGCCCAUCCUGGUCCCAAAUUCACACCAACAAAUGUAUUUAAUGAAAUGAAGAACUGGGCGAUUGGUAAAAGUAAAUCAAAACCCAGUACUACACCCAUGACAUGGCAGCAGGUAGCAAUUGAAAGCCAUAAGCCCCAAAUAUCUGAACCUACUCUACUGCAACAAACUGAAUUUGGACACCAAAAGUCUCAAAUACCUGACCUUAGUCCACCACGCCAAACUGAAUUUGGAUACCAACAACCCCACAUACAGGAAGCAAUUCAACCUCAGCAAACAAACCUUGGAUAUCACAAGCACCACAUACAUGAACCGACCCCAUCUCAGCAAACAGAUAUUGAAUACCAAACCCCCCAGAUGCGAGAGUAUUCCCCUACUCAGCAGCAAACAGACCUUGGAUACCAAACCCCCCAGAUACGAGACUAUUUCAUAACUCAGCAACAAACACACCUUGUUUACCAAACUCCACAGUUGAAAGAACCAUCCCCUACUCAGCAGCAAACACACCUUGGAUACCAAACCCCCCAGAUGCGAGAACUUUCCCCUACUCAGCACCAAAGAGACCUUGGGCACCAGACCCCACAGAUGCGAGAACCAUCCCCUACUCAGCAGCAAACAGACCUAGGAUACCAAGCCCACCAGAUGCAAGAACCUACACCAGCACAAGAAGCAGAUUUUGGAUAUGACAAGCCAGCAAUACCUGAAUUUACCCCUCAUUGCCAUACAGAUCUUAAACACCCAAGGUCUCAAAUAACUGUAACUGCAAUGAGACAACAAACCCAACCAAGUGAUUCUCUAAGUUUCAGUGAUCCUAUUAGAUCAACACCAGUAAAUGAGUUAAUUCAAAACGACAGUGAAACCCUUCUCCAGCCUUUAGUGACAACCUCUUUAUGCCAAAUGGUAGAGGAUCCAUACUUUGGUUCAGAAUUUCAGGAAUCCAAUAAAAGCCUUAACACAUCUACUGAAAAUAUCCAGCAGUGGAAUGAGAACCCUUGUUUUAAUUUAAAUUCCACUUUGGAAACUAAGAACGUGACUCUUGAAAUACCAAAGCAGGAGACAAUUACAGAUGUGACAUUUUCAUCUAGUGAGAACAGUCCCCCUCCGCUACCAGAGAGAACCCCAGACUCUUACAUUUUAGCCGAUGCUAAAGCUAAAGACAUAAGUUCUGUCAGUAAGAGUGUGACGUUGGACAUCCCGCCCAGUGCUGCCUCUGAGACAGUCAAUGGAGGAUGUUCACCUUCACCACCUCCACUGCCUGAACGAACUCCAGAAUCUUUCAUACUGGCUGAUGAAGAUCUGCUACGGAUUGCGGUACAAGAAAUGCCUCAUCAAACUGUGCUCAGAGUCGGAAGAUCAUCCGAGUGGUCUGGAAAUUCAAAUGCAGAUGUGGAGUUAAAUAGAUCCUGGUCAAGGACCAAGAGUCUGAGAACAAGAUUCUCAGUGUGUGAUCCUGUUCAUAUUCAGUCUUUUACUCCCACACAAGAGCCUUUAGAUAAGUCUACUCCUUUUACUCCUUUUCCUGAGCGGAUUCCAGAUUCUUCUCUGAAUGAUGCCGUUACUCCCCCUGUCCCCGAAAGAACCCCAGAAUCCUUUAUCAUGGUCACAGACAAAGAGAAACAGGGAGUCGUGGAUGACCAAUUACUAAUUCCUAAACACGCAGUGGAGGAAAUCAGCGUCACAUGUCUGCCUGACACAGUUCAACAAAGACAGAGACUGGGCACCUCGUCCGAGUGGGCGGGGAGCUCUCAAACCAAAACGUUCCUAGAUGUCAUGAGUAGGAGCAAGAGUGUCAAAGUGAAACAUACAAAACAAGAUCGUUUAUGUGUGGCUCCUCAGCCUCUCCAACCUAGUGCUGCUACAGCAGAAAGUGUUUCACCAGCUGCCAGAAAUCAACCUUCAGCGAACAGCCUACAUCCAACAGUGAAUCAAUCUGAGAAAACAUCAGUGGUCAGCAAGGCCAGGGCCAAGAGUUUUAAGUUCUUGAAAGGAAGACAAAAAUCAAAAACGGCUCCACCGCCAGCUGUUCCACCUCCACCAUAUGGUGCCACUGCAGGUGGAUUCAAAUUUGAUUUUGGAUUACGUUUUGGGAAGCCCAAAGGACCAAGGAGUCAGCCUGAAACAUGGGUGUAAAUCAGAUGGAAAAGAGAGUGCCUUAUAACAUUUAGAGACCAAACUAAUGGGAAAGUGCCUGUCUACGUGCCUGUCUGUUUUUUUUUUAUUUUUUACCAAAGACAUUAAAUAGAAUAUGUUCUUUCGGAGCGCAUUAAGGAAUACAGCCGAUCAGCUACAAUCAGUUAAUGUAUUCACAGUAAGCGCUUUAUAGGAACAUUAGUGCAUUGUAGGGUGUUUACUCACUUCUGGAGUAGUUAAACACCUACCAGCAUGUUUUAGGAGGAGCAGAGGAAUCAAACAUGAGACAAAUGGACUUGCAUGAAAGUCAUCUUGGCAACAGUGACCCUUGCACUGUGGCUUAUGUUGUUGUAGCAGGUCUGAAAGUAUUACAGCUAUUGAAAUUGAAAGCUGUUAAUAAUGUUAGUAAUGUUAAGUAUUCAGAGGGUAUAAUAACAGAGGUAUAGAGCUUACACAAUGUUAUCUAUACACCGGAGUCUCACUUAAAUGCAUUUUAUAUUGAAAACCUUAAUUCAUCUACAUUUUGCCAUAAGAAGCAGCUGGGAGUUGAGUGUAAUGGAGGAGGUUUUUUACUGCACACAUACAGUAUUUUUAAUGUCAUUUAUUUUAUGCUGUUAAUUAUAAAUGUAUUACAUAGGCACAAUGUGCAUGCCAGUGCUACUGUAAAACUGAUUAUUUAUAAAAUUAUUUAAAUAAUAGCUUGACCUUUUUUAAACAAUUGCUUUACUGAUGAACAUUGGGCUUUUUGCAGGACUUUCUUACACAACUUUGCUUCAUGCUCUUCAUAAUCACAGAGAACAAUUAGCAUACACGUUAGUCUUACUGUCUCUGUUCUCCUACCGGAUUAAAAGCUACUGUACGUCAUUGUUAUUGACAGUUAUUGUACUUCACUGUUAAAAGAAAUGCAGUUUAGCCAAAAACGUAAAUGCAAAUGAUGUCAGAGUCAUUGGAAAAUACUUGCUAGCUUGCAGAACAAACCAAGAUUAUUAUUAUCUAUAUAAACGCACAAGACUCCAAUUAAAAUCUGUAAAAGAAUCAGGAAUUAAAGCUUUCUCAAUAUUA